AGCCAAACCUGGGGGAGGCUGAACGAAGAGGUUCUCCCAACGCCAGUGUAUGGGUCCACAAGGAAAGGGAGACAUGAAAGUACCUUGGACAGAGCAAAAGCAGACUCCAAAGCCUCCACAUUGCCCAGAGCGCUUCUGAGCCCUCAAGAAGCGUUUUGAAGCCUGAAAUAUCCACCCCCACGUUUCCCUCUGCUCCUGACAUUUGCGUUUGAAACUUUGACUUCAAUCAACUCGCUGGAACAGAACUGAGGUGUGCUGCUCUGUAAGUGCCGCCAAGUGGCUUCAACUUCUGGCUUCAGUACAAGAUCUCAAAAGAAAUGCAAGAAUGCCUGUGCUAGAGAAACCCACACAGAAGGAGAAAGAUGCAUGCAGCAAAGAUGAGACAACACUGCCCAAGCUUCCAGUGCCUCCACUGCAACAGACCUUGCACAUGUACCUACAAUGCGUGAAACACUUGAUUCCAGAUGAGCAAUUUAGGAAGACCAAGGCCAUAGUAGAACAAUUUGGAGUUGCAGGAGGCCUAGGAGAAUCCUUACAGCAAAAACUUCUAGAUAAAAGGGAUAAGACUGGAAACUGGGUGUUUAACUACUGGUUGGAUGACAUGUACCUCAGCAACCGGUUGGCUCUUCCAGUCAAUUCCAGCCCUGCAAUUAUCUUUGCUCGUCAACAUUUCAAGGAUGUGAAUGACCAGCUGAGGUUUGCUGCUAAUCUCAUUUCAGGAGUGCUGGAUUAUAAAGCUUUACUGGAUGCCAAUGCUAUACCUGUUGAUUUUGCUCGUGGACAGCUGUCUGGUCAUCCUCUCUGUAUGAAGCAAUACUAUGGACUCUUUUCUUCCUAUCGUCUUCCAGGCCAUACCAAAGAUACUCUUGUGGCCCAGAAAAGCAGCAUAAUGCCAGAACCAGAGCACAUCAUUGUUGCUUGUAACAAUCAGUUCUUUGUUUUGGAUGUUGUAAUUAAUUUCCGCCGUCUCAGCGAAGGGGAUCUAUUCACUCAGUUAAGAAAGAUAGUCAAAAUGGCAGAGAAUGAAGAAGAGAGGCUGCCUCCAAUUGGUCUACUGACAUCUGAUGGAAGAACCGAGUGGGCAGAGGCCAGGACAAUCCUCAUGAAAGCCUCUACUAACCGAGACUCCCUGGAUAUGAUUGAACGGUGUAUAUGCCUGGUGUGUCUGGAUGGCCCAAGUGGAGUGGAACUCAACGAUACAAAUAUGGCUUUGCAACUUCUGCAUGGGGGAGGCUAUGAUAAAAAUGGUGCCAAUCGCUGGUAUGACAAACCCAUGCAGUUUGUUGUGGGAAGAGAUGGAGUCUGUGGCACUGUGUGUGAACACUCCCCUUUUGACGGGAUCGUCCUGGUACAGUUCACCGAACAUUUGCUCAAGCACAUGAAGGAAAGCUCUAAGAAAUUAGUCAGAGCUGAUUCAGUGAGUGAGCUUCCUACUCCAAGGAGAUUGAGAUGGAAAUGCUCUCCAGAAAUUCAGGGACACUUAGCAUCAUCAGCAGAAAAACUUCAAAGGAUAGUACACAAUCUAGAUUUUAUUGCUUAUACAUUUGAAAACUAUGGAAAAGAAUUUAUCAAGAAACAAAAGACUAGCCCAGAUGCCUACAUUCAAGUAGCACUUCAGCUGGCAUUUUACAGAUGCCAUAGGAGACUUGUUCCUACCUAUGAAAGUGCUUCCAUACGCCGAUUUGAAGAGGGAAGAGUCGACAAUAUUAGGUCUGCAACCCCAGAAGUUUUAGCUUUUGUAAAAGCAAUGAUUGGUGACAAGUCAUCUCUACGGGAAUCUGAGAAGAUGCAACGAUUUAAAGAUGCAAUCACGGCACAGACUAAUUAUACUAUUUUGGCCAUUACUGGAAUGGCAAUAGACAAUCACUUGCUAGGGCUCAGAGAGACAGCACGGGAGCACUUCAAGGAACUGCCAGAGAUAUUUACAGAGGAAACAUAUUUGACAAGCAGUCGAUUUAUCCUCUCAACCAGCCAGGUUCCAACCACCAUGGAAAUGUUCUGCUGUUAUGGGCCUGUGGUCCCCAAUGGUUAUGGUGCAUGUUACAACCCACAGCCAGAGCAUAUAUUAUUCUGCAUCUCAAGCUUUAAAGAAUGUAAAGAGACCUCCUCAGUUAUGUUUGCUAAAGCUGUAGAAGAAAGUCUCAUGGAAAUGAGAGAUUUGUGCAGCAAAUGCAAUGCUACUACGACAAAAUCACUGUCUAAACAAGAAACAGCUGCAAAAUCUCAAAAUGGACGCAAGCUCUAACGAUCUGUGACUUAUUUUCCUGCACCCUUUGCUUUCUCCCACUCUGCAGAUCCUUAUGAAGAAACAAUGAUGCGACUGUUCAAAGGCAAGGUAUAAUGAGAAACAUUUUAUUGUAGAACAAAAAUGCAGCUUGUUUUAGGUAUGAUUAUCAUUUAUCAGGAUGAAAGCUAGAAUACUAUAACAUUCAAGUUUAAGUUUUUUGCUCUAGAGUCAGCAAUAAUGAUUGGUCUGUUUAGUUGAACUGAAGAUGGCAAUAAUAUGGAACCAUACUGUACCACCACUCCUAUCAAUAUGCAAAAGUAAUUUUAACAUCCAUCUUUAUUCUGACCUUGACUAGCCCCAAGCACACAUCUGUUCCUAGUAAAACCAAGAAUAAUCUAUAUGGCGUCUUUUCAUCAGAGGAGUUCCGCUUGCAUAGCAGUACAUCAGAGUCAAGUGAAGCAGGGAGAAUUUUGCCCUAAAUUAAUUCACAUACUUACUUCCUCCUCUUACUGGGUGAAAUAUAUCCCUUUACAGAGGCCCAGUUGACAAGGCCGAGGCACUUGUCCCACUUAAAUCCUUUUGUCAGCUCUCUGCAGAAGAAUGAAUUUUAAUCACAUGACUAACAAUAGAGCUGCAUGCAACCAUAAGAAAUUAAAGAGUUACAAAUACCUGGAGUAGAGAGGCAGGCACUCAAAUGUGCUCUGCAAGAUGCAGAAGUCCCCACUAUAGAAGUUACAGACAUGAUCCGUUUUUAAGAAUACUUUUCACUCGUUCUAACCUCUGAUCAUCCUGUUUGGUUUGUUUUUGUUUUUAGAUACAGAUUUAGUGAUUCAUACAAAGUAUAUAGAGCAUUUUAGUCUUUCAUUGAGUAUGUGUCUUUAAAUAAGCCAUUUGCUUCAAUGUUAUUUAAUAUAGUUAACUAAGUGGUAAGAACAAUAUGCCACCGGUACAACUUUUGGAACUAUUUAUUUUGGGGGUGGGGAAACCCUUCUACUCCCCACCUCUGUUUCAGUGACUUUCUCUCUGACUGAAAGACACAGCUAGUUCAGUCUAGAAAUUUUCAAUCCUGAUUCCUAUCCAACUCUCAUGGUAAUCAAUAGAAAGACUCUUAUUGAUUGAAUUAGGAGCAGGAGGAGACCCAUAGUUAGCCAGAAGGGUCACUCUCAGAAGUUUAGCUAGGGUUGUAGUUGGACAGGAGGGAGUAGGGAUCUGUGCUUUCUCCUCCCAUUGAACUGAAUGCCUGUCCUCAUCAUUCAUAGCCCUAAGAGCAUGGGACCAGAUAUGAUCCAGUACACAAAACUAACUAACUAUGCAUCCGAUGAAGUGAGCUGUAGCUCACGAAAGCUUAUGCUCAAAUAGAUUUGUUAGUCUCUAAGGUGCCACAAGUCCUCCGUUUUUUUUGCGAAUACAGACUAACACGGCUGCUACUCUGAAAAUUAACUGGAUAGUUGUAAGGAUAAUUAUAGUUUAUUUAAUCAAGUUUAGGAACCAACCCAGUAAAGUGCAUAUACACAUGCUUAGCUUUAAACACGAGCAGUCUCAUUAACUUUGUUGGGACUGUUCAUGUACUUCCAGUUAAGUACAUGCUGAGGUACUCGGCUGGAUGAGGGCUAUACAGGGCUCUGUUACAUUUAAGCACUAUGGGCCUAUUCCUCAACUUGUGUAAAUCAGCUACAUUAGUUUUACACUGGCUGAGGAUGUGGUCCCAUAUUUUAAUGCGGGUUUGCUGCUUAAAAAAAAAAAGCAGUUUCAUUAACAGCACAGAACUGCAUUCAGUGAAUAGUAAAAAGAGAGACUAUUUUUAAAGUAUUAAAUAAUGCUACAGCAUGAUUUUGCUCCAAAAUUAAUAUAACAAAAAUUACAUUAACUAUGUAGCGGGUAUGUUGUCUAGCAAUUAACACAUUUUUAUUUUUUUAAUUUACUGUUUAAUAUGUGACUUUACAUUUUGUUUUCAUACUGCUGCUAAGAGAAUUACCUUGCAACAUUCUCAAUAUGAUCUUGCUUUGUUCUAUGUCACUGUGAAGGCAGUCUUCACUUCACAAGCUUGACACAAAAUAUUUUGAUUUUUUGAUCACAGAAUUGUGUCUGAGCUUUUUGAAACUAUGAGCAAGUUCCGAGUUUGCUAAUUUAUAGAAAAUGUGGUUAUGAUUAUUUCUAAUUAGAUAUAUUUAAGAUUGGAAAAAAUAUUUUACAUUUUGACAGAUUUCAAUGUGUAUUUCAAAGUAUUACUUGCACACCUUUUUUGGCAUAAGCAAAUGCCAUAAAAUAGCUGACUAAUUAUUAUGUACUCAGCAUAAAGUAUGCAUUGAAAUUGAGAUUGGAUAAAAAAAAUCAUAGUAUUUUAUAAUAUUCAUUUACUAUUAAUUGACAGGCAGAAAAAAACUGACCACAAAAGAAUACAUCACUCAUCUGCAGAUGCUUUUAUUUUCCUCGCUGCAAAUUGAUUAACAAUAGAAGGUUUUGUCAUCAUCCUUUCAUUUGAAUAAGAAAUCAACCACAACCAAUACUUACUGAUUGCUGAUUACCAUCAAUUACUUAAUGAUUCCAGGCUUAGAUAUAUUGACCUGUUUUCCUAUUCUUCUGCUUUUUACAUCAUUAAAUCUUACUGAAUCAGGGUCUCUGUGCACAAGAAAUGCAGUCAGUCCAAAUGUGGCUGAAUUUUACAGUUUGUACUUAAUGUAUGCAAGUUGGAUAAAACUUCAUAGCAACUGUGAUGCCAGAAAGUGUUCUCAAUUUCUCAGUUACAGUCCAGCCUCUCAGUUAACUAAAUCACAUAGUACCAUGUUGUAUGAAACUGUGUUGCAGUGGAAUAUUUUGUGGCUUUCAGGAAGUGGUUAGUUUUGGUUAAUGUAUUUAAAAUUAGUUGUUUUAGACCAGUAGAAUAAAAUUUUGUUCUGCAACUUUAAAACACGUAAUCUCAGCAUAUGCAACUAUGCAAAGCUAACUGAAAACUAUUACAUAUUAAUCAACUACAAAACUGUGAAUAGAUCACUCAUACGAAGUGUUUUGAGAAUGUUGUUUGGCAGGAUGAAUUAAAUAUAAUUACACUAAUAUAGCAAGUGGCAAUGAUUUAUUAUAAACAUGUUUAUGACACUUGAAAUCCACCUGUUAACUGAAAAAUGGUUUAGGAUGGUAAGGUUUCAUGCAAUAUAUACGAACAUAUACUGUAUAUAGGCUAGGCAAAAUUAUUUUUUAAAUAAUUUUGAAUGAUAUCUGCUUAUUUUAAGCGUUUUUUCAGUUUUUAUUGAUUUAAAUUUUCACAGUUGCACAAAAUUAUGGGUUGUAAGCACUUUUAAUUUUUAUCUAUUUAAAUUUUCAGAGCUGCAGUAAAAUGGGGGGGGGUCAGACAAUUAUUUAAUGAUAGUAGACACAGAUUCAAAAAGUUAAAGCUAUAUAACCAUUAAAAACAAACGGUCAGCAUCAAAUGUCAACGUAUACAAAGUAAAUAUCCAUAAAUCAAACUUAACAAGUUCUCAGCAACAUUUUUCUUCCUUUGCCUAUAUGUAAAUUUUGAUUCUGAUCAUCAGUGGAAAUAUUUUUCAUCAGUUUGUGUGUGUGUAAGGUGAAAUUAAGGUUUACUGAUAUUUACUAAUAAAAAUCUAAUCCUCCCAAGCCUAUACAUACUUUCACCCACCCUCUCACCCAGUGCUAGACUGUGCUCAAAGAUAUUUAUGGACUGAUAUCUCACUUAAAAAGAGGAUUCUCAUGAAUAUCAAAAUUCACAAUGAACAGAGAGAAGUGGGAGAAAUUUUAAUAGUGAUGCACAUUAAGGGAUAAAAUACUGCUGGCAUUACCCCUGUGAGUAGUCUCAGUGACACUAUGCAUGUAAGUUCAGUAGGAAAUGGCUAUAACAAUGUAUCUGGACCUUUUAUGGUAUGUGAAUUACCAUACAAAAUUAAUAUUUUAGUGACAUUUUUAUUUUUAUAACAUAGUAUAGAUUUAUGGCAAAUGUAAAUGUGUAUUUAUAGCAUCUUAAUUUUGUUUCUGUUCUAAGUUUUAUGCUUUAAGGAAACAAAUAUCUAUAUCUAGAGAGAUAUAUAAUUGAAGUAAACUGUAUAUUGGUACUAUGAACUCAGAAUAUUUAAACAGUAAAAAUCUGUGUCCAAUAAAAAGUAUUGCAAGAAAAGACC